AUGAGCGGACAAACGAGUAGUCCGGGCGGAGGAGGCAUGGGCGGAGGAGGUAUGGGCGGAGGAGGCAUGGGAGGAGGCAUGGGCGGAGGCAUGGGCGGAGGCAUGGGCGGAGGCAUGGGCGGAGGCAUGGGCGGAGGCAUGGGCGGAGACAUGGGCGGAGGAAGCAUGGGCGGAGGAAGCAUGGGCGGAGGAAGCAUGGGCGGAGGAAGCAUGAGCGGCGGAGGCAUGGGCGGAGGAGGCAUGGGCGGAGGAAGUAUGGGCGGAGGAGGCAUGGGCGGCGGAGGCAUGGGCGGAGGAGGCAUGGGCGGAGGAGGCAUGGGCGGAGGAGGCAUGGGCGGAGGAGGCAUGGGCGGAGGAGGCAUGGGCGGAGGAGGCAUGGGCGGAGGAGGCAUGGGCGGAGGAAGCAUGGGCGGGGGUGGCAUGGGCGGAGGUGGCAUGGGCGGAGGAGGCAUGGGCGGAGAAAAACAUGGGCGGAGGAGGCAUGGGCGGAGGUGGCAUGGGGGGAGGCAGCGGGCCACGCUGUACUCGCCACUGCAGCAGGCGCUCUCCUUCGCCGUGCCACUCGCCCCCACGCUUGCCUCCUCCACCACUCCUGUCGCCCUCAGCGGCACGUGCAAGAUGGGGCCCAUUGGCUUCGCGCUCAACGGCGUGCCCUUCUAUAGUACGUAUGACGCCCUGGGCCGUGACGCCUUGCAGUACGAGGGCUCCACCUUUGACUCGUGUGGGGGGCACCCCACGCCCUCGGGCCAGUACCACUACCACGUCGCACCCGGCGUUGCCAAACCCUCCGCCAUCUCCGCAUCUCGCUCCACCAACUUCAAGCUCUGCAAGUGCCUCGUCCUUCUGGCAGGACGUGCGCGGGCAGCACUCGCCGCUGCUGGGCUUCCUGGCGGACGGCAUUCCGCUCUUCGGCCGCGGGCAGCGGGGGGGGCGCUGCUGGCAGGGCUGGACGAGUGUGGGGGGCACGUGGGCGACGGCAGCAGCGGCGAGCUGGCGUUCUACCACUACCACGCCAGCAGCACGGCGCCCUACACUGUGGCUUGCCUCAAGGGCUGCGUCGCCUCCUCUGACUGGGGCAACCUCGGCUCUGCUUCCUGCACCCAGGCCACUAAGCAAUGCGACUACUCAUCACUGGCGGCAGUGCAGGCAGCAUGA